AUGGCGAGUGAGGGUGAGGUAACACAAGGAAAAUCAAAAACAAUUUGGGAUCCACCAACACAUGAGAAAUGGAUUGAUUUGGUUGUAGAACAAGUGAGAGCAGGUAAUAGAAAUGGAUCACAUUUGAGCAAAUUAGGUUGGAAAAAUUUUAUUGAAAAAUUUAAUCUUGCAACAAAAAGAAAUUAUGAUCAAAAGCAAAUGAAAAAUCAUUGGGAUAAUGUUAAAAAUGAGUGGAAACUAUGGGAUUCAUUACUUAGGGGAGAAACUAGACUUGGUUGGGACAUACAGAGGCAAACAAUUGAUGCUCCAGAUGAAUGGUGGGAUGCAAAGUUACAAGAAGCAAAUCAUCAACAGAAAUAUCCGGAUGCUGCUAAAUUUCGAGUGAGAGGUUUAGAACAUUCUUUCAAACUGAAUGAGUUGUUUAGAGAUGUUACUGCUACACGAGCUAGAGCUUGGGCACCAACUUCUGGUUCACUACCUCCUUUAUACACUGAGGAUCAUAAUGAUAUAGAGAUUGAUGAGAAUUUGGAGGAAAGUGAUCAUGAGGGAGUGGGUGAUCCAAUGAAAAAAGAGACUAAUUUACUUGGUCCAAAUAGAAAGCAAUUUAAUAAGGGAAAAAAGAAUAAUUCUACAACAUCAAAGUUGUCCAAACAACUUGAUUAG